ACUUUAAAUUCGUAAACGCACUUAUUAAUUCUUAUUUCGAAAAGUAAUAAUUCUAUUAAUAUAGAAAUCUGCUGUAUAAUCAUAAGGCGGAUUACACAAAACACAAAGAUGAAUACUUCGACUAUUUCAUAUGUUCCUGGCAACACGGCAAAACAAGGCGACUCUGGUGAGGGCGUUGAGUGGCUUGAAGAUAAAACAUUAGCUGGAUUUCGCGUUUGGCAACUGGCUGGUAUCAUUAUCUCGGCUCUUAUAACUAUCACCGUUGGCCUUUGUUGCUGCAUAAAAUUUAGAAUACCAAGAACAAAACAAGAAAUUGAAGCGGAUUGGAUCCGCAAAAAAAUAACCCGGAGUUUUAGACAUGAACUCAGCAAAAUUUCCGACAAGGAAAUGGAUGAAAUGAAUUUGAAAAGAGCACUGGAGAAGGUAAGAGCCGGAUUCGACAACGAGAGAGAAGAAGCAAAACAAGAAUACCGAAAAGUAUUAUUUAAAAAACCGGAACGAGAACUUCGAACAAGAUUCAACAAGAUGUUCCAUGACAUGCAUGCUCGAUUUAUUCCAGUCCCUCCCGAAGCACAUAUUAUGAUUUAAAGUUUUUAUUUUCUAUGUUUAGCGAAAAUAUUAGAGUAAACAAUGUUAAAUAUUAGAAUGAAAAAUGUGAAAAA